UGGGUUAUAACAAAAUUGUCAUUUUGUAUUUCUUCUUCAACAACAACAAUAAAGUAGACUUUGAGAUAACAGAUGCAAUGAAAUAAGUGUUUUUUGUUUGCUUUGCAAUUAUUUAGUCUAAUAGAAUAUUUUAAUAAUUAAGCAAAACUAGAAUUAUGUGGUACUUCAAGAAAAUUAAUACAAAAGUCAUAAGAUCGGCAUUACGUAGUUUUUCAUCAAUAAAGGAAAACUUUGUGAAUACCGAAAUAGAUAACAAAACUGGAAUUGCCAUUGUAAAAUUGCAAAGAAAACCAGUGAAUGCUCUAAAUUUGCAAUUGUUGCAAGAGCUUAGGCAAACAAUAAAAAACAUAGAGGAACAAAAAUGUCAUGGUUUAAUUUUGACAUCGAACAUUAAUGGAAUCUUUUCAUCUGGUUUGGAUUUAAAAGAAUUGCAUAAACCUCAGCUGGAAAGGCUAGAACAAGUUUAUGCUGCUUUACGCGAUGCAGCUUUAACAUUAUACAGUAGCCCUCUUACCACGGCGGCUUUAAUAAAUGGUCACUCACCCGCCGGUGGUUGUGUUUUAAGCAUUUGUUGUGAUUUUCGAGUCAUGUUGCCUAGUUUUAGCAUUGGUUUAAAUGAGACCCAAGUAGGCAUUGCACCGCCUAGAUUUGUAGAAGCGUUAUUUUGUAAUAUUGUAUCAAAACGUACAGCUGAAUUGGCUUUAAUCCAGGGUAAAAUGUUUAGCACUAAAGAAGCUUUUGAUAUGGGUUUGGUCGAUGCUAUAGCUGAAAGCAAAGAGGAAGGUCUUGAUGAAUGUGAAAAUUUUAUAGCUUCGUUAAAAGAUGUUAAUCAACGGGCUAGGAUACUUACUAAACUACAAUUUCGAAAAUCAGUUCUAGAAGUAUUCGAAGAGGAAAGAGUUGCAAAGAAAAGUGAAUUUGUUUCUCGUGUAAUGGAAGCAGAUUUUCAGCUGCAGCUGGAUAAAUAUCUUGAAAGUUUAAAGAAAAAACGGAAAUAAAAUUAAUGUUAAAAAAUGCUUUUUUGUGCAAAUAAAAUUUUAACAGAUUAGAA